AUGAUGAGAUUUGAAACAAUCAAUGCAAUUGCAGCAUUAAGCGCCGCUGCGGUUGCUGCAGAUAAAAUUGGCUCGAAACGAGUAUAUUAUUGCCAACGUUGCUUAAACCACAACCGUUUAGAACCACGCAAGAAUCACAAGUGUGAAUGUGUAUAUGCAAAUUGCGCGUGUAACAAAUGCAUACUUGUCGAAAAACGGCGUGUGCUGAACACACAAUUACAUGAACUUGAAGAAGUUGCUGAUGUAGAGAAUGAAGUUGGUGUUGAUGACCUCGGCUUGACUGCUAGAUCAAAAGGAGAAGCAUUAUAUCCUUAG